UUGGCUGUGGCCUCUUGUUCGGACACAGUUCAAUCAGACUGCAGCACAGAACAGUCUUGUUUCUCUGAGGAGUUAUGCCUUUAGAUUUACAGACCUCCAUAGCAGAAGUUGAAUACUUCCCAGGGCACACAGGCACUGGCUUUGCCGUGACGGUGGCAACACGUUCCAACCCCCGGCCUUGGCAUCCCAGCAAUGGAGUAUAAAGGCUGGAAGCUGCCUGUGAUGAGAAAUUCUUUGGUGGUAGACUGGUGGAAGAGCUGAAGGAUUAGCAGAAUUUGCUUGGUGGAACCCAAUUACAUGACAAGAUAGCGCAGUCAUGAGGACACAAGCUCAGAACACACCUGUAAAACAACAGGAGCACCUGAAAAAGCAGAGGGAUAUUCUCGCUUACAGAAUGAAAAAACUGUCCGCAAAGCAAGUGGGCUUCAGUAAAAAGACAGAAGAACUGAAAACAAAGAUAAAGAAGAAAUAUGACGAUAUGAAGCGAGUUCUGGAUGAGGAUCUAAGGAUCACACUCUGCCAGUUAGACAUGGAGGAGGAGGCCAUGGAGAGAGCUAUUGAUGAGAAAAUAGAGAGGUGCUACCACCUGACCCAGGACCUGGACCAGCAGCUGGCUGAGCUAUCCACACAACUGGAGGAAGAAAAACAAUGCAGUAAUGACCAGAUCUCUGAGAUGGAGGAUAGGGUAACUGAGACUCUGAAGAUUACAGAUCCGGAGCUGAUCCAGAUGGAUGAGUUCAAGAAUGAGCAGCUACUCAGUUUAACCAUCAAUUUACUGCUGUUCAUCCGCUCACAGGUCCCGGUGACCAAGAAACUCUUCCAGAGCUAUGCUCAAGAGGUGAUCCUGAACCCUGACUCUGCCCACCCAAAGCUCAUCAUUUCCCCAACUGGAGAUUCAGCCACAUACACAGAAACCUGGCAAGAAGUUCCAGAGAACACAUCCCGGUUUGACACCACUCUGAAUGUCAUAAGCCGAGAGGGCUUUAAAGAAGGACGCAACUACUGGGAGGUGCAGGUCAGCGAGAAAACAUACUGGGAGCUGGGCCUCACCUAUCCCAGCAUCCCCCGCAAGGGUCGUGAGGAAGACUGCUGGUUGGGCCGUGGGCCAGAAUCCUGGUGUGUGGAAUUCUUCAACGGUGACUACACAGCAUGGCACAAUGGGGCGUCUCAUGAGCUGACCCACAUAACUGGCAGGACCUUCCAGCGUAUUGGGGUCUUCUCCAGCUCUUACGGGGGUCUUGUGUGUUUCCUGGGGGCGGACACCAUGACCCCACUCUACAGUUUUUGUACAGGCACAUUUACAGAUGCUCUUUACCAGGCCAUAUGCCCCGGCCAUGACAACCAGGGCACCAACUGGAAACCUUUGCUUAUCUGCGAUGCCUCAAGAUCGGCUCCCAUUCUGUGAUGAAAGGAAUUACAGUGAUAAAUGUAACUAUUUAAAGCUGCUUUGUACAGGAUGGAUUUUCAGAAUUAUAUAAGUGAAUGAUGUUGAUAAAAGAAUGACAGAACACAAACAAUAUGUAUUUAUUUUUUAAUACAACAAAAUAAGGUUUACAAAGGCAUUCUCUCCAUGUGAAGUCACUUAAACAAAACAUAGCCCCGAAUUCCAAAAAAGGGGCAAAAAGUAUGGCAGUGAUCAAAAAUAUUUUUACUUUUUACAUUUUUAGAGGGCAUUUCAUAUCCCAAAAAAAUGUUCCAAAUCAUUUCAUAUAUUCCUGAGGACAAUUUCAUUUAACACUGUAAAUCAUUUAAAAGGAUUUUUUCUUAAAAUAUAUAUAUUUUCCCUUAAAUUCCAUUCCAAUACAAGUAGAGCAAAUACUCCCUUCGGUACAGUUUGGGCACUACAUCACUAAGAGGUAAUCUCUAUCUCUCACUCUCUAUCUAUAUAUUAAUCUAUUUAUAUAUGCACUUGCUGUCACAUGAACAAAAACCUUGUAUCUCCAAAAACCUCAACUUUACAGGUAAAAAGGGAAAAAAGAAAGGAAGUAAAAAAUAUUUUAUUGAAAGUUAUUUUGGAGCUAUUGGUCCAUUUAGCAUGUAAUUUGACACGCAGUAAAGGACAAUGAAUAUGUUUUUUGAUUGACAGCUGUAAUAAAUAGGAAGAGAGAGAUAGCGUGAGAGCUGAGUUGAUUGACAGGUUUAUCUGUUCCAUAUACACUGUGUUUCUCAGUCCUGGAGGGGAGGAUUGAGAAAUGCUGCACUAACAGAAGGGUGAUCAUGAUUAUGUCCCAUUAGAAUCUGAUUAAAUCACUGACAGUAUUGUCUGCUUCACACUCUCUGCAGCUUUACUUCAGACUGACUGUGAUCCAGAAGAAAAGUGAAUGUAUGACUGAAGCAGAUGAAAGUACAAUUACAACUCAAAGAAGGAAGGAAACGCAGCUAAUGCAGCUGGUUCUGAAACUCUCAGAUGACCCUAGCCUUACUGCAAUACUACUGCAGCAUUGGUCCAUGUGUCACCAGUAAUACAGUAGCUGCCUGUGUAGAUUAUAAACUGGAUUCAAGACAGAACAUCAAGUAAGUUUUAUGGAAAGAACAAAACAAAUGAUUACUUUCUUCAAGUAGUGUGCUUUUUAAAGGGGAGAUACACCAAUUUGAUGUUUCUUCUGUUUUUUUAACACCCUUUCACUGUCCUUGUUAGGAAGGUCAGCCAAUCAAAGACAUCAAUCUAAUGAGGGGAAGGGCUGCUACUGAGAGUUUUGCACAUGAUGUGUGAGUUGAUUGGGCGUUCCUCCUCUGUGUGUUACUUUAGAGACUUGGCAGUUGGAACUGAGUUUACUAAUAAAAGAAGAAGUAAAGCAGUCAU